AUGUGGCCGGUGUUUUUGAUGGAAACAAUUCCGCGAGCGUCUGAACCUCAGCGGUUGCGUGGACGUUGCUCGCUGCGCCACGAGCGUCUGCUGACCUACGCGGGUCCACCACCGGCCGCUGGUGUGUCUUCGUGGACUUGGUGUAUUUUCCACGACGACGCCAAGGUCCCCUGUCGACACAGACGACCUAGUGGCGCUUUCACCGAAAAUCGGCGCUCAUUUUCCGCUGCUGGCGUCCGCUGGGGAGCGCGCAACCUUCGUCAAAACGGGACGCUUCACAACUGUCUCCUGCUUCCGCGGAGUCCAAGCAACCGCCAGCUCCGAAACAGGCUGCAUCGUGGAUGUUUCCAGCUAAGGUUAUGUCAAAAACUGGAGAAUUCGGAGCAUGCAACGUCUUCAGAUUGUAUCACAACUGGUCCCGUGGCCGCUGACUAUCCAACGAAGGAGCCUCCCAAGGUAGCCGGUCAAACAGACAUGGAACGCAUACGUGAUCAUUUGGUUGAGAAGCUCAAGUUACCGACUCAUAUAGGCAUCAUUAUGGAUGGGAAUGGGCGCUGGGGGCUCCGCGUCCGCGGAAGUCGUUCCGCGGGUCACGAGUACGGCACCCAGACAUUGCGUCGAAUCGUCGAGGACUGCCUCUGGCUGCAUAUUCCAUUCUUAACAGUAUUUGCAUUCAGCACCGAGAACUGGCGACGUCCUGCUGCUGAAAUAUCGAGUUUGCUCUCGCUUUUUCAACAUGUUGUGGAUACAGAGCUCGAAAAGCUGCAAUCGCGUAGUGUGCGUGUGAGCUUUGUCGGCGACCGUAGUGCACUUCCAGACUCGCUUCGCGAACGAAUGCACGAUGCAGAAGAGCGCACGCGGUCGAAUCGAGCUCUGUGUCUCCAGGUAGCGCUCAACUAUAGUGGUCGACAAGAUAUCCUACAGGCUGUACGUUGCGUCGCUCGCGAUGUAGAAAGAGGCGUGCUCGACCCCGACAGUGUCAACGAAUCCGUGUUUGAGACCUACCUGGCGCAGUGCUGGGGAAUCGACGUUCCCGAUCCGGACUUGAUCAUUCGCACUGGCGGCGAGCAACGGCUCAGCAACUUUAUGCUCUGGCAGGCUGCUUACGCGGAAAUCUAUACAACCGAUAUCCUGUGGCCAGAAUUUACGUCUCGUGACUUUUUCCGGGCAUUAGAGGCAUUCCACGAACGAAGACGGCAGUUCGGCGGUCUUCCUAACUGCGAAAACGACGCUUACUCGACUAGAAAGGUCCCAGAACAUCCGAGUCUCUAG